AUGGCGGAUUCUUCAGAGAGUUGUGAAAAGUCGUUGCAAAAAAACGAUGAUUUCCAUACAACAGAGAGCGAUACAGAGUUGCAGAAUAUUUUCAAAAAGUUAAGGGUGAAUCAUAGAACAAUGAAAUUCUCACCUCAGAAGAAAAGGAUAAAGAAGAUGAAAUUUCGAGCGAAAAAUUCUGGACGUUUACCGGAAAAACACAAGCAGCGCAAGAUUUUAAAAGAUGCUACUUUCAUUUUCAAAAGUGCACUAGAAAGAACUAAACAGAAACAAUGUGAUUUGUCUGUGUCAGAACUGAACGACUCUUUGCCGCAGAGCCUUGAGGUGCAAAGAAAUGUUUCAAAUCCACCCACAAGUCCCAGACAACGUGUUCAGGGUUGUGGGGAACAGUUUAGAAAUGGUGCGAAUGUUAACGUUGUGGACUCUUUAAACAUGGACGAUACGACUCCUGAGGAGUUGGCUGCAUAUUUUGAUCAGUUGCUACAUAUUCCUAAACCAAUGUCUCAGAUGGCAGAGAUGAUGUAUACAUGAGUACGUACCACAGGGUAUUGUAAAGGAUUACUCAGGAUAAUGUGGAUUGGAUUGAAUAUAGUUAACAAGUUCAAUCAUCUCUGAAUUUAAUCAAGAUUCUCUAUCUUCCUGAGAGACGUUUUUGGUGUUUAAAAUGUAACACACUUUGGUUUAUUCACAAUACAGUGUUUGAGAGGGUUUUGCCAUGGUCGAAGCAAGACCAGUUCCAGAGUCUCUAAGAUGCAUAUUAUGAUAUCAGGAAAAUGUUCCAAGACUGACGUGCUGGAUUUGCACCAGCAUUUUGUUCAAAUUUCAUAUUAUAUUUUUCUACUACAUGUAAAUAUACACAUAAAUUUGUUCAAAUGAAUCAUUCAAUUCUAUCACACUAAGUUGAGAUUGUCUUUCAAGGAUGGUGUAGUGUGUGCUAGCAGCCCAUUUCGUCACAGAAUACCUAUCAGAAGAAUAACUCUAUACUAUUUUUUCAUAAGUGUGAUUCGUCAUGAUUCGUCACGU